CCUUCAGACGAAAUCCUUGGGACAGGCAAAACCAGGGGCAGGAUGUGAGAAACAGCCUCAGUCAUAGGCAACAGGGAAAAUGAUUAAUCUUGAACAAGGCAUUGACUGUGCAACUCCUCCACAAGAUAAAGAAUCAACAGGAAAGCCUAACACGACUUUCCAGUAACUGCCAAGUGUCCGAGAUGCAACAGCCCUGGUUGAGGCUUUGAAAGACAGUGAGCUGUGCCCGUGCCCCAUGCAGCUGUCUGGACAGCUUCCAAUCUGAGAGCUCUGUGUUCAUUUCUACCUUUGUGUUGAUUUAAUUUACAACCUGGGGCAAAUCUCCUGAGCUCAUUUCCUUGUCUAUUAAAUACAAGGUGUCUGAGACAUCUCCCAUGGAUUUGAGAAGGCUGUUGAGAAAACUACAGAGCAAACUUCUUUACUCUGCCUACAGCAAGCUCUGCAGGAUGGAUUUCAGUGUUCAGCGUCCCUGGACAUCUGCCUCUAAAACAAAUCUGCACCACAACGGAGGUGGCAUCAGUCAACACAAAGGGCUCAGAUCACAGCUGCCUUUGGGGAGAAUGACAAAAACUGUUCAGGGUUCCUGGGUAAUACGUAUCCAGUUUCUGCGCAUUCAGGGGAAGAGGAGCGUGGAGCAGAAGGAGAGUGGGAACAUGCAAGUCACUCUGAUGCCAUCAUUUAACUUUACAGCUCCGUUGUGCAAAGCUGUUUACAGAAAGGUUGGGGUGAAACUCUCCACUCCUGGUUUCAUACCAUUUGAAGUUCAGACCAGUGAGAUUUCCAUCAGUUGGGAGUUGAAGAUGCCACAAGGACAAGAACUGAGGAUGGUUUGCUCAGAGCUGAUUUUUAGACACCAUUUUCCAGGGAUCCCUGGUGACAGAGGGGCAUUUUUUUGUGGUUGAGUUCUGAAUUAAAAAGUUUCCUACUAUA